UCGCCAUAUUGUUUAAAAAUAAAAUUACAAGUAACGAUAAUUUAAAUUCACGAAUUAUAUGUAAUAUUAUUAUUAUAUGUAAUAUUAACUUGUUAAGAGAACAAGCGAAUUAUCAAGCAAAAUUAUUAUUUAAAGCAUAAAUAUUUAUUUAGAUAUUUUUUAUUUAAUUAUUGUUACUUGAUUAAAAUAAUUAUUUUAGAUUUAUAAUAAUUUAUCAAUUUAUAUUUGAAAUGAUUAAUACAGGAAAACUUGCUGGUCGAACAAUUUUCAUUACUGGAGCUUCAAGAGGAAUUGGAAAAUCUAUUGCUUUGAAAGCUGCAAAAGAUGGAGCAAAUAUUGUCAUUGCAGCUAAAACUACAGAAUCACAUCCAAAAUUACCAGGCACUAUAUAUACAGCUGCUAAAGAAAGUAAUUAUAUGUUUGAAGAAAUGGGUGGAAAAGCAUUACCUUGUGUAGUAGAUAUAAGAAUUGAAACAAAUAUAAUUUCUGCAGUGGAAAAUGCUGUUAACAAAUUUGGUGGUAUUGAUAUUCUUAUUAAUAAUGCAAGUGCAAUUCAUUUAAUAGAUACAUCAUCCAUAGAAAUGAAAAAAUAUGAUCUUAUGAAUAAUAUCAAUACUAGAGGAACAUUUCUAGUAUCUAAAGCAUGUCUACCUUAUUUAAAAAAAAGCUCAAAUCCUCAUAUAGUAAAUAUUAGCCCACCAUUAAAUAUAAAACCAAUAUGGUUUAAAAAUCAUAUUGCAUAUACAAUAUCUAAAUAUGGAAUGUCAAUGUGUGCUUUUGGAAUGGCUGAGGAAUUUAAAGAUGAUGGCAUUGCUGUAAAUACUGUUUGGCCAAAAACUGCUAUUGCUACUUCUGCACUUAAAAUGUUAGCUAAUGAAGCAAAUGAUUAUGCUCGUAAACCAGAAAUAAUGGCAGAUGCUGUGUAUGCUUUAAUUUGCAAAGAUAGUAAAUCUAUUACUGGAAAAUUUUUAAUUGAUGAGGAAAUAUUAAGAAAUGAAGGAAUUACAGAUUUCACAGAUUAUGCAUAUAAUCCAGAAAAUAAAGAUAACUUGAUGACGGAUUUAUUUAUAGAUGAAAGUUCAGAUAAAAUAAAUAUAUUAAAUAAAUUAUUUCAAAAAGAUAUAUAUGAUGUAAAUAAUAAAUCAAAUGAAAAAAUUGCACAAAUAUUUACUGUUAUUCAAGCUAACUUGAAUCAUGAACUUGUUAAUAAAAUUGGAGCUAUAUUUCAAUUUAAUGUUAAAGGUAAUGAAGCAGGUACGUGGUUUUUGGAUUUAAAAACUGGAGAUGGUGUAGCAGGUAAAGGAAAACCUAAUCAAUCACCAGAUGUUACUUUGACAAUGGAUUCUGAAAACUUUUUUGCUAUGUUUUCUGGAAAAUUAAAACCUGCAUCAGCAUUUGUAAUGGGAAAACUGAAAAUUAGUGGAAAUCUUCAAAAAGCAAUGAAAUUAGAAAAAUUGAUGCAACUUUUAAAAUCUAAACUUUAAAAAUUAAAUGUUUUCUUUUUUUAAGAAGUAUAUCUUAAAUUAAGAUGAAAAUAUUCUUUUCAUAUUAAACAUAUUGUUACUUUUUUAAAAUUAAAUAUAUAUAUAUAAUAAUUAUAUAAAAUAUAUUAUAUUAUAUAUAAUAUAAUAUAUAAAACGAUAUAUUAUAAAAUAGAAUAUAAUAAAAUUACAAUAAAUUGGAUAAAUGCACAUAAUUCAGAUUCCAAUCUGGAAUAUUGAAAUUGAUUCUUGAUUCCAAUAUGAUUCCAUCUAUUUCGAAAUUUUUUUUGUAUUUCAUCAUGCAUAGAAAACAACAAUAAAUGAAAGGAAAUAAGAACUAAAAGUUAAAAUAAAUAUAUUUGUUUUAUAAUAUCUUUAACAAUAAUAAUAAUUUUAUGAAAUUCAAUAAUCCUGUGCAAUUAUUCAAUUUUUAUUGUGUACAUAAUUUUUAAAAAUUAAAAAAUAUAAAAUAUAAAAUAUAUUUUUAUAUAUUCUUAUAAUAUUUUGUAUUUUAUAUAUUUUUAUUGUUAUUUAACAAUAAAUAAAAGAAAACUAUAUUUUUAAAAUAUUAUAUAUAUAAUUUUAAAUAAAAUUUAAAGAUAUUAAUAA